AUGGAAGCAACCGCCGCCCUCGACCUCCUCUCCCCGCCCACCUCAUCCUCCCUCCGCCCACCCGCACCAUACCCCUCCUCCAGACCGCCGCCGGCGACGGCAGACGGUCCCAUCUUCUUCACCUCAUACGGCGGGUCCUCCCUCACGAGCUUAUUCGCUCCGACCACCGCCGCAGGCUGCCGGUGCUGCGAUCUCCUGCCGUCCGAAUCGGGAUUUUCCGGGGCGAGCUUCUCCGAAGGAGACCACGGACGGCGGAAAUUGCCCGCCGCGAAGGGGGAAUUCGCCGCGGUGGGGUUGGACUUAUCCGGCGACGGCACGGGGGAGUGGUACUUUUGUUCACGCCGGAAUCGUCGUUUUCCGGCGGGAAGGGAGGCUCGUCGGAGCGUAGCGGCGAGUGAAAGGAGUCGACUUGACUGGUGGUUGACUCGGUGUCCGACAUCGACAGGUUUUAUAAACUUUAUGCGAUGGUUUUCGUUGUGUGUGGAAAGGCCAAAAUGUAUAUACAUUGGAAUAUUGGAUCAAUCCAAUCUAAAAGUGAAGAAAGAGUUGAAAAUAGCCAAGUGGAGGAAAGAAUAA